AAGAUGCUUGGGGUGAAUGUUUUGGGUUUUCUUUUGUUUUCAACUUUAAUGUUGUUGUUACAGCACAUUUGUGAUGCUGACAACAAUGUGAGUGCCAGUUGGGAAUGUUCAGAGGCUGAUAACUCAACAUCUGAAAACUCCUUCCAGGCCAACCUUAACAGUCUCCUGAAUCAGCUUGCUGGAAAUGGGCCUGCUCGCAGCAGCUUUUAUAAAACCACUGCAGGGAAGAAGUCAGACAAGAUUUAUGGUCUUGUGCAGUGUAGAGGAGACGUUUCUGCAGAAAACUGUGCUAACUGCACAAAGCAAUCCAUAUCUGCUGCCUUGCAGGAUUGCCCCAAAAGCAAAAAUGUUAAGGUUUGGUUCACUUGGUGCUUUCUCCGGUAUUCUGAUCAGCCUUUUUUUGGUGUUUGGGAUCAAUCCUCAACAGCAGUGUUCAAUGAUACCAAUUUUGAUGACCCAUCUGUUGUAUUCCAAGGAUUCAAUUUCACGAAUGGGAUUGCAGCCGCGGCAGCAAAUCAGCCUCUGAUGUUUCAGGCUGGAGUGCUGGAUGUUGGCCAGAAUGGAAGGAGGUAUGUUAUGGCUCAGUGCACCAGAGAUAUCAGCGGGGCAGACUGCAGCAAGUGCUUUGAUGCUCAACUGACGACUUUUAGAACCACAGUUGGAAACAAGAGAGGGUGGGAGAUUUAUGGGUCUAGUUGUAGCAUGUGGUACCAUGACUAUCAGUUCUAUUUCAAUAUGUCUACCUCUUCUAAUCACGGUACUCGAAGAUCUUCAUCACAGGGAAUUGCAAUUGAGAUAACUAUGAUUGUUCUGGUGUUUGUAUUGGUGGUAUAGCCAUUAGAUGCUGUUCAGUUAUAGAAGGGAAGGUGAAAGAUGGGAUCAGAAGUGACUAAUUUUCACUUAAAAGACUUUUUUCAUGUACUAUUUUUUAUGAAGAGGUACGGUUGGCUAUCAGCUCAACUUUUGU